GCAUUAAGCGCAGUGGCUGCGGCUAAGCUUCUGUCCUCGGCUAUGCGGUGGUAGGUGCUGCGGGCAUCUCUGCUGGGCCCUCGGCGAACCCCCCGGCGGGCAUCAUGUUUGCCAGCUCUUCCCGGGGCGGCCCUGCCCCUCCGGGCCGAGGGGGUGCCGGAGGGCCAGCGGGCAAAUACAGCGUGGACGAGCUGUACGGGCUGCCCAAGAAGAACAAGCUGGUGAGAGGGGAGAGCGUCCGCCGGAGGAGCCAAGUCUCCCAGGGGGGCUCGUCGGGGAGAGAGGGGCCGACCCUGACCCCUGCCCAGGUGCUGGAGGCAGCGAGACGGCUCCUGGAGAGGCGGCGGCUGGAGAGCUACCUGUUGGAAGCUGGGAUUGCUCUGGAGGAGCUGGAAAGCGGCCGGACGGGCAUGGUGUACAGGAACCUGGGCAAAUCAGGACUCCGUGUUUCGUGUCUUGGGCUUGGUACUUGGGUGACUUUUGGAUCCCAGAUCUCCGAUGAGAUGGCAGAGAACGUGCUGACCAUCGCCUACGAGAACGGGGUCAACCUCUUUGACACAGCCGAAGUGUACGCCUCUGGCAAAGCCGAAAAAACCCUGGGGAACAUCUUGAAGAGCAAAGCAUGGAGGCGUUCAAGCUAUGUUGUCACAACGAAGAUCUACUGGGGUGGCCAGGCUGAGACUGAAAGGGGCUUAUCCCGGAAACACAUAAUUGAGGGGCUCAAAGGGUCUUUGCAGCGGCUUCAGUUGGAAUAUGUGGACAUCGUGUUUGCUAACCGGAUGGACUCCAACAGUCCCAUGGAAGAGUGUGACCCGAACUUCCGAUUGCUCUUGCUGGAAGAGAUUGUCCGGGCCAUGACGUACGUGAUCAACCAAGGAAUGGCCAUGUACUGGGGCACUUCUCGCUGGAGCGCCAUGGAGAUUAUGGAAGCGUAUUCCGUGGCCCGGCAAUUCAACCUCAUCCCGCCGGUUUGCGAGCAAGCGGAAUAUCACAUGUUCCAGCGGGACAAGGUGGAGACGCAGCUCCCUGAGCUGUACCACAAAAUUGGGGUGGGGGCCAUCACAUGGUCCCCUCUGGCGUGCGGUCUCAUCACGGGGAAGUACGAGGAACGGGUGCCUGAGAACUGCCGGGCCUCCAUGAAGGUGUACCAGUGGCUGGAAGGAGAAGCUGCAGGCAGCGAAGAAGCGGGAGCUUGAAGUGGAAGGGAACUCCAUCCCAUUGCAGCGCCUGGGCUGUAUGCAGUGCUUUGGCUGGCCAUUGCUUGGUGCCUGCGUUGAGGAAGGGGGUCAGCUCCGUCCUCCUUAGCGUCCCGUGCGCCCGAAUAAACAAUGAGAGUUUGGGUUCCGUUCGGGUUCUAACCCAGCUGACACCCCAAGUUGUCCAGGAAAUUGAUGCACUUCUGGGUAACAAACCCAAUACAAAAAAAGAGUCCCGGGCGUAGGGACACUUUGGCGCCCGGGACU